AAAGGGCAGCCGAGUGAGGCACCAGCACAGCCUCCCCAGCCUGCCAGUGACCUGUUGGACACCCGUGAGCACAGACCCUGGAGAUGAAGGCCCUGCUCCUGACCUUUGGCCUUGGCCUCAUUGCUGCCCUGCAGGCCCAGGCCUUCCCCACCUUGGGGGAAGAUCAGGAUGUGUCAGGAACAUGGUACUUGAAAGCUACAGCAACAGACAAGAAGAUUCCUGUCAGGAAGUUGGGGUCUGUGUCUGUGACUUCCAUGACCAUCAGAACCCUGGAGGGGGGGAACCUGCACGUCAAGAUCACUGCCGUGGUAUUGGGUCGGUGCCAGGACAUGAGCUUUUUCCUAGAGAAGACUAAGCAGCCUGGCAAAUACACUGCCUGCAGGGACCCCAACAUCAACCAGGAAGCCCUGGAGGAUUUUGAGAACGCUGUAAGAGCCGGAGGCCUCAACACGGAGAACAUCAUCAUCCCCAGGCAGAUCGACACCUGCUCUCCAGAAUGGGAUUAGGGACUCCAGGACCACCGCACACCUUUGUACCCCCCAUCUGAGCUGUGACUCUUGGAAGCCGCUCCCCCGUUGGCUCUCCUGACCCACCCCCCCCUUCCCUGUGCCUCACCUUUCUCUACUGCUUCUCCAUAAACGCAUC